AAUCGUAGAAGUAAAUCACUGAUAAAUUGAAACUAAUUCUCCUCCCGGCGGUCAUUUUCCGGGAGACUUGGCCGGUGGCCGCGCAAUCUCUGCAUAAGUUUUAGUGGUCGGAAUAUUCCAUGCUUGUGGAUAUUGUGUUUGCUGAGUUCCAGAGGCGCUCUGGUCGAGACAGGGAGAGCUUGUAAUAUGGCCAUUAUGGAUUUAUUUCUUAUUUUAUUUUUUCUUGGUACAACUUAUGUUUGUUAAGGAAUGGCGGAGCUUUCUUGCUGAUUAGGAUUGGCUCAUUUUGGACUCUGUAGGCUUCUGAAUUGGUGCAGUCUCUGCUGAAGCCCACAUGUCUCUCAGCAUAGUUCCUUCCUGCUUGGGUCUACGAAUGUCUCAACUACUUGUUAAUUCAGGCUGUCUUCAACAAGAAAUGAGAUUAUGGAACUGUGGAAGAUAUAUGAUGAAGGUGGCUCAAGUCGUAAGGCCUCGGAUCAUACCUUGUAUUAAGGCGAACGCUAAUGGCUUACAGGUCUUUGUACUGUCAGACUUGCACACAGACUACUCUGAGAACAUGACUUGGGUGAGGGGCUUAUCAAGAACUGUGGGGCAGAACAAAGAUGUUCUCCUUGUUGCUGGAGAUGUAGCUGAGACUCGCAACAAUUUUGUGUUAACUAUGUCUUUGUUGAAGGAUAGGUUUGCACAUGUUUUUUUUGUGCCUGGAAACCAUGACCUAUGGCUUCGCAGGGAGAAAGAUAACAACGUUAAUUCUCUUGAAAAACUUGAUGAAUUGCUUGAUGCAUGUCAAAGGAUCGGAGUGGAAACUAAUCCUACAGUGGUUGACGGUUUAGGGAUUAUCCCUUUGUUCUCAUGGUAUCAUGAGAGCUUUGAUAGGGAAAUGGACAUAACAAGUAUUCGAAUUCCGUCGCUGGAGCUGGCAUGCAAGGACUAUAAUGCAUGCAGAUGGCCUGCUGGUCUCAUAAAUGGGGAUACUUCCCUUGCUCUAUAUUUUGAUGGCAUGAAUGACAAGAAUCAGGAGAAAGUCAGGGAGAUGCAGGGAAGAUGCCAUCAAAUAAUUUCUUUCUCACACUUUGUUCCCAGGCAAGAGCUGUGCCCAGAAAAGAGAAUGCUUUUCUAUCCCAAUCUCCCUAAAAUUGCUGGAUCUGAGUUUCUUGAGGCUAGAAUAAGACACAUCCACGGAGCUGAAGGGAGUGAUUUUGCGUGUCACGUGUUUGGUCAUACACAUUUCUGCUGGGAUGCUGUCCUUGAUGGUAUCAGGUAUGUGCAGGCGCCAUUAGCAUAUCCAAGAGAACGUAAAAGGAGAAUGAAUGGGGGAGAAGAAUGGGUGCCAUAUUGCAUCUACUCCGGCGGAGAAUUCUCAGAGCAAGUGUUACCCUGCUAUUGGUCUGAUUACUAUGCACUCAAUCCGAGAAAUCCUAAAAUUACUCAACUUGCCCCUUGGGUUGCUACAUUUUAUCGUAGAUCAUCUUAAUUAAUUUUGUAUUAUGUAUGUAUGCUCUUCCUAUCU